CUGAUCCACAGCUCGAGCUGAGCACGCCCUAGUCAUCGUCCUAGAUAGACGGGUUGGUUCGCAGCUGUGGGUGUGCGUGUGCAUGCGAUGGCGCGCGCAGGGCACGACCGCUUUCCCUUCCUAGCCACGCCCACGGCGGCGGCGGCCCCGCCGGCGCCCGCGAGGGGCAGGAACCCGCCGCUCGCCGAGAUACUCCGCCUCGUCGGCGCGGCCACCGUCGACGACUCGGGCGCCGCGGAUGAGGAUGGCUCAGCGGGCAACGCGCUGUCGUUGCCCAUGCGGCCUCCGGGGCGGACCAUCCAGUUCAGGCUGGCGUUCAGCGACCUGGCCUACAGCGUCCGCGCCGCGCGGCGGGCGCGGCCCGGCGGCAGCGGCGGCGGGUUUCGUCUGCCUCUGCAGAACCGGUGCGACCGCGUCACUGCGGCUGCGCCCGAUGCGCACGCGCCACGGACGAGGGUGCUGCUGGACGGCAUCACUGGGGAGGCGAGGGAGGGGGAGAUCCUGGCGGUGAUGGGGGCCAGCGGCUCCGGCAAGUCGACGCUCAUCGACGCGCUCGCCAACCGCAUCUCCCGCGACUCGCUCAAGGGCUCCGUCACGCUCAACGGCGAGGCGCUCACCGGCAACAUCAUCAAGUCCAUCUCCGCGUACGUCAUGCAGGACGAUCUGCUGUUCCCCAUGCUCACCGUCACCGAAACACUCUCCUUUGCCGCCGAGUUCCGCCUCCCGCGCUCGCUGCCCGCGACCAAGAAGCGGGCGCGCGUGCAGACGCUCAUAGACCAGCUCGGCCUCCGCGCGGCGGAGAAUACCAUCAUCGGCGACGAGGGCCACCGCGGGGUCUCGGGAGGCGAGCGCCGCAGGGUCUCCAUUGGCACCGACAUCAUCCAUGAUCCAAUCCUCCUGUUCCUGGACGAACCCACGUCGGGACUCGACUCCACCUCGGCGUUCAUGGUCGUCCAGGUGCUCCGCAGCAUCGCCGCGAGCGGCAGCAUUGUCAUCACUUCCAUCCACCAGCCGAGCCACCGCAUCCUUGUCCUUCUCGACCGCCUCAUCCUCCUCUCCGGUGGACGCACCGUCUUCAGUGGCCCCCCCUCCGCCAUUCCGGCCUACUUCGCCGAGUUCGGGUACCCGGUGCCCGACGACGAGAACCGCGCCGAGUUCGCGCUCGACCUAAUCCGCGAGUUCGAGUCGUCGCCGACGGGGACCACACCGCUCGUCCACUUCAACCAGAAGUGGCAGCUCAUGCACGCGGCGAGGCACUACCCAGCUGAUGCUCCCUGGGAGCCUACCAUGUCCCUGAAGGAAGCCAUCACCACGAGCAUCUCACGGGGGAAGCUGGUGUCCGGCUCGGACGUGGCCGGCGAGGCGGCGUCGAUGCACACCUACGCGAACCCGUUCUGGGUGGAGAUGAAGGUGCUGACGAAGAGGUCGGCGAUCAACACGCGGCGCAUGCCAGAGCUGUUCCUCAUCAGGCUCGGCGCCGUGGUGAUCACCGGCGCGAUCCUCGCCACCGUCUUCUACAAGCUCGACCAGUCCCCCAAGGGCGCGCAGGAGCGGCUCGGCUUCUUCGCCUUCGCCAUGUCCACCAUGUUCUACACCUGCGCAGACGCACUCCCGGUGUUCCUGCAGGAGCGCUACAUCUUCCUCCGGGAGACCGCCUACGGCGCAUAUCGCCGCACCUCCUACGUGCUCUCCAACGCCAUCGUCUCCUUCCCGCCGCUCGUCGUGCUCUCCCUCGCCUUCGCCUUCACCACCUUCUUCGCCGUCGGCCUGGCGGGCGGCGUGUCCGGGUUCACCUUCUACACGCUCGCCAUCCUCGCCUCCUUCUGGGCCGGCAGCGGGUUCGUCACGUUCCUCUCCGGCGUGAUACCGCACGUCAUGAUCGGCUACACCGUCGUGGUCGCCGUCCUCGCCUACUUCCUCCUCUUCAGCGGCUUCUUCAUCAACCGGGACAGGAUACCACAGUACUGGAUAUGGUUCCACUACCUCUCGCUAGUCAAGUACCCGUUCGAGGGGGUGCUGCAGAACGAGUUCGCCCGCGGCGGCGAGUGCUUCGUUCGCGGCACGCAGAUGUUCGACAACUCGCCGCUCGCCAUGAUGCCGGACGCGGUGAAGACGAGGGUGCUUGCGUCCAUCGGCUCCGCGCUCGGCGUCAAGAUCGGCCCCAACACCUGCGUAAUGACGGGGCACAACGUGCUCCGGGAGGCGGCGGUGACGCAGCUCGGCAAGUGGGAGUGCCUGCUCGUCACGGCGGCGUGGGGCUUCUUCUUCCGGCUGCUCUUCUACUUCAGCCUCGUCCUCGGCAGCAAGAACAAGAGGAGGUGAUCGAGCCGUACGGACGGGUUUGCGCGCGCGCGCGCGCGCUUGCAUAUACAUUUGAAUGGCCAGAGCAUUAAACGCGUGAAAAAAAAAAAGAGAGAUGAAAGGGUGCAAAAAGGAAAAAGGAUGGCCUAAUUAAUUCGAAGCAGUUUAAUAUGAUGUGCUUUUAAUUCGGA